AUGCAUCAAUGUCUUGUUCCAAACAGCCACGUGGAAACUCCACCUUCACUCCCGGUACCUCAUUCAACCAAAUGCGACCACCAGAUCGACACCUUAUAUGUUUCAAUACCUCAGGUGUUCAGUAGUUGGCAGCAACGCAAAGAUUGUUGCAAGAAAAGACUUGUUACCAAUUUUCUUCCUGACAAGCGAACCCAUAUUUCGACCGCGCUUCGAUCCAGAGACAACCACCAGGAGACAAGAACAUGUCCAUCAUCCUUCUGUUCCUACGUGAAGCCCACACUUGCCACCAGAUACCAACCUUCAAGGAAUUGUCGCAACACUUUUCAACAUGAUGUAACACAGGCUCUGCUGCAGUUAGAAGCAAGUAAGGAAGUUAGAUGCAGUUAG